AUGCGCACUGCUUGCAUGAUGUUGUCCUCUGUCUUCUUCAUCGCCCUCGCAAACUUCGCCCCAGCUGCCGCUGAAACCAAAUCUAAUACUUUCGAGAAACGCAUGGUCCCUCCUGAACUUGGUGCGAACCGCGAUCGCGUGUCUUUCCAACAGCUCUCGGAUGGAAAAUUUCGAGGCAUUGACGAUCACCUUCCAACCGAGUCUUCGUAUCGACCCACAGCUCAUGAUGACAAGAUGUUCUACGACGAGAAGCCUCUUUUCACUUUCAAGAGACAAGACUCGAGAUUGCCGGCUGCGACACUCCGUCAAGCUGUCGCGGACUUCGGCGGAUUUCACGCUCGUGUCAAAGGCCAAGGACAUGUUUACACCCUCACGCCUCGUGUAGAGAACGACGAAUUGAUCUGGCCAUACAACUGGGACGAGGUCAGCCGGUCGCUCAGUCUUAUGGUGAGACGAUCCGACUGGGCAGAGGGUGUAUUUGGCCAGAACGUGGUCAAACUCGCACACGGUUAUCCCGUCGGUUCAGUUCGUCCCGGAGGAGGACUUGGUUUUCCCCGGCAGCUUGAAGCUCCGGAAUGGACAAGAGUCCAUCGAUCUGAGCCAGUCAGCUCCGAAUGGGACGUGCCCACCCUGAGAGGGAAGCUGGACGACUAUCGCUACUUGCGGUUCUUGGAUUCGUAUGGUUCGUAUUCGUUCGGCGUAAGAGCUUUACCUGAUGGCCGCAUUGAACACACUCUCGCCGAUGCAACGAGACGAAUACUACAUUGA